UAGAAAUGGUGGGUAUGAGACAGACACAGAAAGAAAGAGCGUUAGAGAGAGAGAGAAAGAGAGAGAGAGUCGGGGAUUUCGCUGUAAUCAUGUUCGAAGAGUAUUGAUUCCGUGAGCGCACUCCAAUUGGCAGCAUCUCUACUAUAUAGUACAGCGCCGGCGCGUCAUCCUCGGCUCACAUCGACGGGAGCGAGUUGUAAGCAAAUGAGAACAUGUGUGGCAUCUGAGAGAGAGAGAGAGAGUGAGAGGAAGGAGCAAAAAGGAGGUGUGAGAAAAGCCAAUUUUCUCGUCCCUGACAACUGGAUGCGAGAUUUGAUUGCCGGGCUAUUUUCUUUCUCUUCUUUUUAUAUAUCUAUAUUAUUUUUUUUCUUCUCCCAUCCAAGGAAAUGAUCGAUUCGUCACAUGCGCACGCCUCUUCAUUAUAAUUGCAGACAGUUGGGGUGCUGUUCAGGCUGAAUGGACUUGAAUAUGUCGCUGCCAGCGUAAUCCGUGCAGACUGGAAGAUUUAAUAAUUCACGGAUUUAUCGACGGCUGCUUUUGCUUCCUUAUCUGAAAUAUCAUCUGUUGCUGCAACUGGAAUGAAAAGCCCCCGUGACUGGCUGAGGAACGCUGAAGACUUAGUGUAAUAGGAUGAAACGGAUUGAAUAAGACAUAUUUUUUCCAAUAAUAUAGCACUUUAGUUAAAAUGGACAAGAAAUUGCUAUUAUUUUUAUUACUACUCUUAUCUCUACACACAAGGUUGUGAUUUUCUUUUUUUUAUUAUUCACGAUGAUUGUCCUACUCCAGUGAAUUGGCUCUGAUUGAUUCUGACUGAGCUUAAUAGGCAUAUUACAAAGCAGAUUCCAACGUGAAGUGCUGCUGAGGACAGUUUCGUCCCUUCAUUUCGGUUUUUUUUUUAUUUAUUUUAAUAUAUUUCCCUCUAAAGGGAUAAAUGUUGAUGAUGGAGGACGACGAACUGGACGCUCAUCAGGUUGAUCCGGACUUCGAGCCGCAGAGCCGGCCUCGCUCGUGCACCUGGCCACUGCCAUGCCCAGAGGACUUCCCCGGCGGACAAGAGGUGAGCGGGGGUCUCCCGCUGGCCAGCAUCAAGGUGGAGCCGGAAGACGUGCCGGCGUGCAGAGCCGGGCUCGCGGGCGGCAGUCCGGCAGAGCUAAAGCACCCGACUGGGGCCCCGGCACCCACGGUCGCGACGCACCCGUGCCUGGCCGGCGCGGCACUCGACGUGACCGGGUCCUUGCGCAAAGCCAAGUCCUCUCGUCGGAACGCGUGGGGGAACCAGUCCUACGCGGAUCUCAUUACCCGCGCCAUUGAGAGCACCCCGGAGAAGAGGCUCACGCUGUCACAGAUCUACGACUGGAUGGUCCGUUAUGUGCCGUAUUUCAAGGAUAAGGGCGACAGCAACAGCUCGGCUGGUUGGAAGAACUCCAUUCGACAUAACCUUUCCCUCCACACUCGAUUCAUCCGGGUGCAAAAUGAAGGAACAGGGAAGAGUUCCUGGUGGAUGCUAAACCCAGAUGGAGGAAAGAUGGGAAAAGCCCCAAGGCGACGGGCGGUCUCCAUGGACAAUAGCACUAAAUACUUAAAAAGCAAAGGCAGGAUCAGAGGCAAGAGAGUAGGUCGUCCUGGGAUUGGAGCAGGAUCUGCUGUAGGGGGCCUUCAAAGCUCCCCAGACCAUGGUAGUCCAUCACGGAAAGCCCUCCCAGGGCCGGGAGUUGCAUCUGGGACAGAUGGAGAGUUUGACACUUGGACCGACCUCCAUUCUAGGGCUAGUUCAUCAGCUUCCACCUUAAGUGGACGUCUCUCACCUAUCUUAGCAGAGGUAGAACCAGAGGAACCAGAAGAAGGUGGUCUAUCCUGUUCUGCCUCCCCUCACCUUUAUCCAUCACCAACCAGUGCCCGCUCUCCAUCAAUGGGGGCAGGAAAUCAUUGUCCUCCACUUGAACAGCUGCCUCAACUGGCUAACCUAGCAGGUGCCAUAAGUUUAGAUGAGCAGAUGAUGGAGGAUGGUUAUCAUCAUCAUUGUCCACAGCAACAUCAACAACAUCCUGCUGUUGGCCGAAAUAAGCACCAAACUCCUGUGUAUCACUACAACUCUGGAAUGAAGGGGCAGGUCUCCUAUGGUGGAGGAGUCUACAACACAACAGGGAUGGGUAUUCUUCGUCACCACUCACCAAUGCAGACCAUUCAGGAGAACAAGGCUACCAGUUUUUCUGGAACCAUGCGGGCAUACUCGAGUACAAAUGCACUACAGAGUUUAUUGACAGGAGGUUCUGCGGUGCAACAGUACAGUUCUAAAGACCUGAUGCUGGGACAGGAGAGGGAAGGCCAUCCUAUGUUGGGUCAAGCGAGUAAUGGAGUAGGACCCAACCACCAUAGCCACCAUCCUGUGCACCACAAUGGAAUUCAUAACCAUAAUAGAACUCACAACCACACCACUGGUCAUAAUCACAACAGUGUAAGCAACCACAACCCACCUCACAGCCUUGCUCACAAUGGUCACAAUCUCAGCCGGAGCCAUACCCACACACCACCACGAGCGGCAGCUCUGACCCCAUGUGGAAACAGCAAUCAGCUACAGACUUACAAUCACAAAGCUCCCUACUUGUACAGCCCCCCAUCCCAUGCUCACCUUCCUGCUUCUACAACCCUGCCCCCUAACCCAGCGGGUAUGCUUGGCAUGCCUCAGGAUUCCUGUCACGUGGCUUCCACCCCACACCCGCGUCACAGUCAUUACCCAGACUCACAACACCAGGGUUUGACUAAUGGACCCUACCAUCAUGGCCAGGGAAUGGGUAACGGCAGUGUUGGUAGUAGCUACCAUGGCUAUCAUCAGCCUUACCCUCAUGACAGAUUACCAGCUGACUUAGACAUUGACAUGUUUCAUGGUAGCUUGGACUGUGAUGUGGAGUCCAUCCUCCUACAUGACAUUAUGGACUCAGGGGAGGAGAUGGAUUUUAACUUUGACUGCUCCCUUGCUCAGGGGGUUGGGAUUGGAAUGGGAAUGGGAAUGGGUGUGACUAUGGGCAUGGGAAUGGGAAUGAGCGGUCUGGCCGGUCCACAGCAGGCCCACAGCAACCAGAGCUGGGUACCUGGCUGAACUGAAAAACAAAAACUCCAGGACUGCGAUCCAACUUUUGAAGCACUGUGCCCUACCAUGACAUUCCUGGCUCUGAACAAAGCCUAUAGGACCAAGCACCCCACCCUAUCUUUUUUGUUGUCUUACUCUAUCACCCCUACUCUGUUUAAUCCCCUUCUUACUGAGAGAUCUACUUCAUGUCAGAUUAAUUUUUUUUCUUGAAUCAGCUGUACUGUGAUGACAAUCUCUCAACUGUGCUUGUCCGGCAUCGCUUCUCAUUUACCAUGAGAACUGAACUCUGAAUGCACUUUAUUGCAAGUGGGUCACAUCUCACGGUGCAAUGCCUUCACAGAGCAGCUCAGGCAGAGCUUGGCUUGUUUCUAAGGUGCAUGCAACAUUUGACAGGAACAAGCAAGGAACACAACCAACUAAUGAAAGCGUCAGAAAUAGGAACUAAAAAGCUGGAUUUUUUUUCUGGUGCGGCAGAGACUAAUUUACAAAUGUCUACUAAUUUUGAUUGGAUGCUUGAUAACAGUGAUUCUGUAUUGGGGUGCAAAAAUGUACUUCUCUAAAAUUUCAUAAUUUCUUACCAUAUUUAAAAGAUGAGUUUUGACAGUGAUUUAUUUGACAGUUUUUUAUUAUGAUUAAAAUUUAUUUCAAAUAAAUUUAUACACAUGCAAAUUCAGAAAUUCUAAUUGAUUUUUCUUCUGCAGCCAUGUUAUUUUAAUUUUUCUACUUUACGUUACGAAGGUUGGAUUUUUUUCUUGAAUGUAACAUGUAAAGACUGCAUUGCCAUUGGUUACUAAAGACUCAUCAUGUCAUUAAAUGCAUGCCAUCAUUAGUGGCAAGCAUGCAAUUUGGCAAAUUACAGAUAUUUUUAUUACCUUGCUUCACCUGCGCUUCUUGAACUGGUUUGUCUCUCCCCUGUCUGUCUGGUGUUGCAGACAAAGUGACCAUUCCUCACACCAAGCCAUUAAUGUGGCUUGAUUGAAAUUCAGCAUCUUGCUUUUAAUCUCCAAAGUGAUGCAGAGGCAAUGUGUCAUUAUUGAGAAUUUAACGUGUUGUCCUUCCUUGCUCACCCCCAGCUGUCUUUAGCAUAAUGCACCAGGAGCAUUCAGACAAAACGGUGAUUAACUUUAUGUCACUCUGCCUGCCGCUCUGCUCUGAGAAGGGGCAAUGUCACUGUCCACUUUCCCGCUCAAGGAGGGUAAAUAAUACAGAGAACAAAGCCUGUUGUUGCAGUGGGAUCAGUUAGUCUCAGUUUUUAUGCUCUUUGGAUCAAUGUGUCUGAAAAACAGUAGUGUACUCACAUCGUAAAUGAUCUCCAUCAUCUGUGUUAUGUUCCUUUGUUUUCAAAUCUAAUAACCUGAUGUUCAAUCUGUAAAACAGGUGCAAAGGGAAAUACUUAAAGGGACAGGUAUGGAUUUUUGAAUUAAGGUUCUGGAAAAAGGUUAACUAACUUCUAAAAUCAUAUGUGAAAUAUAUAUUUGUCUUAGCAUCUUCAUUAAGUCUAAAUCAAGAUUAGUUGAGCCUAGAGGUUCAAGCUAAUUUCUAGUCCAAAGUGGACUUAUUUUGUCUUGAAACCAAACCUUUGAUCUGAAAAAUGUGCAAACUCUAUUUCAUAAACCUUUAAACUAUUGUCACAUUUGCAUUGGACAGUGGUUGGGACUUACAAGGGAAAUGAUGGUAGGUGGUGUGCCACCAAUGAUCUUCCUUUUAUAAAAGAACACAGAGUGGAACGUAAAUCGCUUUUCUUCAGAGUAACCACCUAACAGAAUGUGUAUAACUAUAAUGUUUUUGCUUUUUACACUUAUCUUGUGUCUUAAACAUUUACUCUUACCAGAAAUGCUUUAUAGCUUCUGUUCUCAGUAUGUGUUUUGCAAAGGAAGUUAAUUUGUGGUGCAUUGCCUCCCACCUGUUUUGUGUAAAAGCUGCUCAAUGCAAACAUGACAGUGACAGAUGUUUCCAAAGGUGGCAUGGAGGUGGUGUGGGGAAAGAGGGGUGAGAAUGAUAUACUUGAGUUAAUACACCAAGAUUGGACAGAAGCCAUGCCAAAUUUCAGAAAUAGUAUAUUGUUUCCAUUAAAUAUAGGCUGACUUUAUUUGCAUUUUCUAACCUUAAUUUAACUAAGUGAACUACAAGUCUCUCUCUCUCUCUCUCUCUCUCUCUCUCUCUCUAUCUAUCUAUCUAUCUAUCUAUCUAUCUAUCUAUCUAUCUAUCUAUCGAUAUGUUGAUAUAUAUAUAAUUUUAAUUUUUUUACAGGGGUGUCCUGCCAUAAAAAUUGCAGGUACAAGGGGCUCAUAAACAAUAGACAUUUGAUUAUUGGACAACAAUUUGGCCAAUAAUCAAAUGUCAGUUUAGCCAAUGCCAGUUUAGCAAUAACUGCUAAGUAAAUAAAUAAAUAACAACUGUUGCAAUUCACUAAAACUUGUGUUCAAUGCACUUAAAUUCAUACUCUCAUUAAAUUGUGUUCAUUAGAUCUUUCUGGCUAUGCAGGGAGAUUAAUGGGUCAAGCCAAUAUGCCAAAGGUUCAUAAAAUUAGUGCUCAUAUUAGACAUUUUUUAGACUGAAGGUGUUUUAAGACAGUAGAAAACGACAUUAGUUUUAGUCUCUUUCAAACUACAUAGCAGUGUCAUGUUACAGGGCCAUCUAAUCUGGAUUAAUACCAAUAGAAUAAAUAAUGUUGUGCAGGUAAGACAUUAACUGAGUAUGAAAUUCUAGCAGAGCCACAGUUCAAAAAUCCUGAACUACUUCUUUUCAAAACAAGCAGUCUGAGUGGUUAUCAUAAAGAAUGGGGUCAAAAUGCCACACAAUCAUCCACAUCUACUUUUUGUGUGUUUAUUCUGUUGUCUUGUAGUUGUUGUUGUAUUGUUUGAAAUCUAAGGGGCAGACAAUGACAGGACUUGAAACAUCAUAGUGUAUGAAUUGAAUCCAUUGGUGAAACAAUGUUGGUAUAGUGCAGUAUGACCUUCGCAAGAUCCAAUGCCAUCUGCCCCUCCCAUAUGUGCUUUGCUCAGUCGUUUUGUUGGUGAGGGGGCGUGUCUGCAAUUUGGUUUACCACUGGCCUUGAGAGAGCUAAAGAGAAUAGGAUACACCUCUUCUCAAGAUACCCCAAGAAGACUCCACUUUCUGCUCCAAGCACUCAUACAAAAAAGAAACACAUUGUAAGGGGAUAAAGGGUGGAGUGGGUGUUAUUUUUGCAGCCAAAGGUCAAGCAUGGCACAGACUAUCAGACCCAAUAUUGAGGUAAAUUACGUUUCUUUCAGGCCUUUUAGUUGCGCUGGUUCCAGUUAAUCUUUGUGGAAAAUGCGUGGAAUUUUAUAAGUACUUCAACCUCAAGAAGCAGUUAUGUUCUAUUCUAUGCUACAGAUGUUUAGCAAUCCCCUGCUAUUGGAAAGAGAGCUAUAUAUGAUGUCUAAUUUUCUUAUAUUUAUUUAUGAAAGAGAUCUGUCUUUGUCAUUCCUAAUUGUGAUUGCUGUACAAGUCCAAUGUUGUCCUUUUUCUGUUUUUUUUUAACUGACCUUCUCCUUUUGCCAGUUUUACUGACUUUUAUUUUGUAAAAAUCUCUCUCUCUCUCUCUCUUUCUAUAUAUAUAUAUAUAUAUAUAUAUAUAUAUAAAUAUAUAUAAAAUGUACAAUAGUUUCUAAGAAUCUCAAAAGAUUAUCAGUUUGCUGUCUAUUUCUUUUUUUAAGAGAAUGUAUCUCAU